AUGUCGGUCAAAGAAACAACGAAUAAAACAAAAUUCCCACAAACUAAUAAUAAAAAUGGGGGGGGGGGGGGGGGGGGGGGGGGGGGGGGGGGGGGGGGGGGGGAGGGGGGGGGGGGGUGCGAGUCCGGAGUGGGCGGACCGGCCAUCCACAUACAAUUAAAUACCACCUCGAAAUCCGCACAAUGGGCUUCACACACCACACCCCAGUCAGCACUGGAGGUCCAGGCCGGAGGGCGGGGGGGGGGCGGGGCCCCAGGGGCCGGGGGCGACAGGGGGGCCCGAGGUCCCGCCCGCCAGGGGGGGGGGGGGGGCACCACCAGCACCGGGGUCGGACCCGGGCCGGGGGGGGGGCGUAAGGAGCCGAGCCCGGGGUGGCCCGUGCGGGGCCCGCGGCCGCGGGGGCGACGUGCCGCGCGGGGGGGGGGGGGGGGGGGGGGGGGGCGGGGGGGGCGGGGGGGGGGGGGGGGGGGGGGGGGGCGGCGGGGGGGGGGGGCGGGCCGGGCGGGGGGGCGGGGGGGGGGGGGGUGGCGGGGGGGGGGGGGCGGGGGGGGGGGGGGGGCGCGGGCGGGGGGGGGGGGGGGGCGGGCGGGGGGGGGGGGGGGGGCGGGGGGGGGGGCGGGGGGGGGGGGCGGGGGGGGGGGGGGGGCGGGGGGCGGGGGGGGGGGGGGCGGGGCGGGGGGGGGGGGGGGGGGGGGGGCGGGGGGGGGGGGGGGGGCGGGGGGGGGGGGGGGGGGGGGGGGGGGGGGGGGCGGGGGGGGGGGGGGGGGGGGGGGCGGGGGGGGGGGGGGGCGGGGCGGGGGGGGGGGGGCGGGGGGGGGGGGGGGCGGGGGAGGGGGGGGGGAGGGGGGGGGGGGGGGGGGGGGGGGGCGGGGGGGCGGGGCGGGGGGGGGGGGCGGGGGGGGGGGGGGCGGGGGGGGGGGGGGGGGGGGGGGGGGGGGGGGGGGCGGGGGGCGGGGGGGGGGGGGGGGGGGGGGGGGGGGGGGGGGGGGGGGGGGGGGGCGGGGGCGGGGGGGGCGGGGGGGGGCGGGGGGGGGGGCGGGGGUGGGCGGGGGGGGCGGGGGGGGGGGGGGGGGGGGGGGCCGGGGGGGGGGGGGCGGGGGGGCGGGCCGGCGAGAGGGACGGCGGGGGGGGCGGGGGGUGGGGGGGGCCGGGGCGGCGAGUGCGGGGGGCGCGGUGACCCGCAGGCGGCGGGGGAGGCGGGGGGGGGGGGGGGGGGGGGGGGGGGGGGGGGGGGGGGGCGGGGCGGGGGGGGGGGCGGGCGGAGGCGGCGGAGGGCGGGGGGGGGGGGGCGUGGGCGCGGGCACGGGGGGGGCGGGGGGUGCGCGGGGAGCCGUCGGGCGGGGGGGGGGGGGGGGGGGCGGGGGGGGGGGGGGGGGCCCCGCCCGCCCCGUCGGCGCAAGGGGGGGGGGCGGGACGACGCGCCGCGCGCGCGCCGCGCGGCCGGGGGGGGGGGGGGCCGGGCGGGCGUCCCCCCCGGAGACGUCGGGGGGGGGGGGGGGGGGCGGGGGGGGGGGGCGGGGGGGGGGGAGGGGGCGGGGGGCGGGGAGGGGGGGGGGGCGGGGCGGGGGGGCGUGGGGGGGGGGGGGGGGGGGGGGGGCGGGGGGGCGCCGGGGCGGGGGGGGCGGGGGCGGGUGCAGCGGCCGCGGGAGGGGCCUGCGACGCCGUCCCGUGGCGCGGGGGGGGGCGGUGAGCGGCCCGCGGGCGCGGGGCGGGGACCGGGGUGAGGGCGGCGUGCGCCACCGGCCGCGCCGGAGCAGCCGCGCCCGGGGCGGCGGAGGGGCGGGGGGGCGGGGGCGGGGGGGGGGGGGGGGGCACGGGGGGGGGGGGGGGGGAGGCCCGCCGUCGGUGCCUCGAGCCCGGCGCACCGGCGGCGGGGGCGGGCGCCGGGGGGGGCGGGGGACGGCGCGGGGGGGGCGGGGGCUAGCCGGGCGUGCGCGGAGGGGCGGAAGGCGGGAGGACAGUAAGGGAGCCCAGUGUGGUAUCCCUAGGGCCCCUGGGGGGGGGGGGGACACAAAAAGGGGGGGGGGGGGGGGGGGGGGGGGGGGGGGGGGGGGGGGGGGGGGGUGGAAAAAGGAUCGGAAGAAACACAGGGUGAGGCCCUCAAGGGGGCCCCGGGCGCGGCGGGGCCGCGGGGCGACGGGGGGGGGGGUGAGAGGCCGGAGGGGGGGGGGGGGGGGGGGGGGGGGGGGGGGGGGGGGGGGGGGGGGGGGGGGGGGGGGGGGGGAGAGCGUAGAGCUCGACUAA